CAACUAUCUGCCGUCCCUGAAGUUUCUUGGUUUUAGCAGCACAGCUCCACAAUCGAUUACCACCUAGCCAUAAUCGAUUAUCACCAACUCCUGAACUUUGAACUCAAGCUGCAUCCUCCCUUGAUUCCACCUCAAAAUAACAACUCGUUUAUACCCCGGGAAACAACCAGGAGAAGUCUACCUUCGUUCAAGAACACGUACACUUCCACUCUUUCUCCUUUCCUUCAUACUAGCUACUGCCCUACCUUCGUUCUUUCACUUCCUAGUUUAAAACAUGUCUCACACCUCCCAAAACAUCACCAAGGAAGAUUUGGUUGCAUCCAAUGCCGAACACAAAGCUCAAGUUGAGUAUUUGGCCAAACAUGUGGCUCAACUUACCAAGUUGAAAAUGAGCAUGGUCCAAACUCCAGAGGAAAGCGAAGAUGAGCAAGAAGAUGAUGCCGAAUCAGCAGUUCCUUCUCCCACCAUGAGAAGAAACAACCAGGAGAAGUCUUCCUCUGACUUCAAGGUUGAAAUACCAACCUUCGAUGGAAAAGAUGACCCGGAUGAUUUCAUCGAAUGGUUAGAGACGAUUGAACAUGUCUUUGACUAUACCGAAGUGCUGGAUGACAAGAAGGUCAAGCUUGUGGCCUUAAAAUUCAGAGGCUACGCAUCUACGUGGUGGACUAACACUACCACCAAGCGCAAAAGAGAAGGUAAGGCUGCUAUUAAAACAUGGACCAAGAUGAGGGCUUUAUUGAAGAAGAAGUUCAUUCCCACUCAUUAUAUAAGGGAAAACUUUGCUAGUCUUCAACACCUAAGGCAAGGAAAUCGGUCCGUAGAAGAAUACAUCCGAGAGUUUGAAGAACUCUUGAUGUGGUGUGAUCUCCAAGAGAAUGACUUGCAAACCUUUGUGAGAUAUCUCUUUGGCCUAAACACCCAAAUCGCCAACACCGUGGAGCUGCAAACCUUUGAGAGCCUUGAAGAAUUGACCAAGUUGGCACUUAAAGUGGAAGCCCAACUCAAGAAGGGCAAAUCUUCUUUGAGCCGUGGCAAUUCUUCCUACCCGUGUGCAUCAAAUUCCACGCUUUUGCUUCCCAAAACCCCACAGCCCCCUCCCCUCAGAAUCCUAAAACCGUGCACCCUAUUUCCUCACCAAGUGCUCCUCCUCUUUCAAAACCGAGUUCAUCAAAUAGCCGAAUACAAAA